AUGGGACAAGAACAGGAAAGCUCGUCAUCUAGCAACUAUGAAGGAUCCCAGGAAAAUGCAAGUCCACGGGAAGGCCAAAAGCAAAAUUUCAUGAGCGAUUUUUUGGCCAGACUCGAACAUUUUACUUGGGCCAACUACACAUUCCCUAUGUCCACUGGUGGGCUCUCUUUACUUCUUGCAGAAGACACGCAAGGCUUCAUAUUUCCAGGCCUUCAAACAAUUGGGAAGAUAGUCUACAUCUUCGACCUUGUUAUAUUCACCCUAGUAACUGCUGCGAUUUUCUACCGCUUCAACAAGUAUCCUGGUACCCUGAAAGCCUCAGUUACCCACCCCACCGAAGCUCUCUUCCUAGGAACUUCGACACUGAGCUUGGCAUCCAUCAUCUCCGGCAUAGCUCGCUAUGGAAUCCCUUCUUGCGGGCCUUGGUUGGUCACUGCUUACCGAGUAUUAUUCUGGAUAUAUUUUGUAAUCACCUUUGCGAUUGCUGUUGGCCAGUACUCUCUCCUCUUCACUUCUCCACUUUUGAGGAUACAAGAUAUGACGCCAGCUUGGGAUCUCCCUAUAUUCCCCUUCAUGCUGUCCGGUACCGUAGCAUCUGCGGGUGCCGCCUUUCAACCACCAAGCGACGCGCUUCCCAUGAUAGUUGGUGGCUUGACGGCACAAGGUCUCGGGAUGAGCGUAUCGAUCAUGAUGUAUGUAACCAUUCAUCCCCCCCUCCGUGCGAGCUACGUACGUCGCAUGAUACAAUGGGGUUUUCCAUCUCCUAAUUCGCGACCUGGUAUGUUUAUUGCUGUCGGGCCGCCUUCGUUCACUAGUCUUGCCAUAAUUGGGCUUGCGAACGACUUUCCCGACCAUUAUAAUACUUUUGGUGCCGACUCUAUCACUAUCCAAAUCCUCCGCGUCCUCGCUACCUCUACAAGCAUCUUCAUAUGGUCAAUGAGCCUGUGGUUCUUCUGCAUCUCCGUAGUAGCCAACCUCGCCGUUAGGAAGCAGUUAACGUUCCAUCUGAAUUGGUAUGCUUACGUCUUUCCGAACGUUGGCUUUACGAUCACGAUCAUUUCUAUUGGCAAGAUCCUACAAAGCCGAGCCGUAAUGGCGGUUGGUAGCGCCAUGACCAUAUUACUCGUCCUCAUGUGGAUAUACGUAUUCGUUCACCACGUCAGGGCUGUUAUCAAUAAGGAAGUCUUGUUUGAGGGCAAGGAUGAGGAUGUCUAUGUCAAUGAAAAGAACCAUGCUCACGUUAAGCCCGUGAAGAAUGGCAGUGACAUAGAGAAGGAAGCUUGA